AUGGCAGAUUACGACGUCCUCGUUACCGGCGCUGCUGGCCAUCUUGGUGCCGCACUGAUGCUCGCCCUUCCUGGCCUCGGCUUUAAACCGUUUGGAGUUGAUAUCCUCGAAUCUGAAACGACGACAUUGGUUGGCUCAAUCUCUGACAGAGAAUUCGUUACAAAGGUUCUCGCCACCAGCAGCCACUUCAAACACAUUAUCAAUGCCGCAACACUCCACAAGCCUCAUGUUGAUAGCCACACCAAACUGCAGUUUAUCGAUACCAACAUUUCCGGCACAAUUGUCCUUCUUGAGGAGGCUGCCAGGCUUGGAGACCAAAUACAGAGCUUCCUCUUCCUCAGCACCACAAGCACCUUUGGCACCGCACUGAGUCCCAAGCCUGGAAACCCGGCGGCUUGGAUCACUGAAGAUGUUGUCCCUCAACCAAAGAACAUUUACGGCGUGACAAAGGUUGCGGCAGAGGACAUGUGUUUCCUCGUUCACAAGCAGACAGGACUUCCCGUGCUUGUUUUGCGGGCUAGUCGGUUCUUCCCGGAGGACGAUGAUGACGAUCAGCGCCGUGGUGCCAUGGGCGGCGACAACCUUAAGGUGCUGGAGCUUGCGUACCGACGAUGCGACAUUGAAGACAUUGUAUCAGCCUGUGUCUGCGGCAUGAACAAGGCCAAGCAGAUUGGCUGGGGUAAAUACAUCAUUUCUGCGCCUCCGCCAUUUGUCAACAACGCCGACACACUGAGCAGAUUGGACUCCGAUGCGGCGUCGGUUAUGAAGGACGUUAUCCCAGAUAUCGACACAGUCUUCAACAAGCUUGGCUGGAAGUACUUGGACAGACUCGACCGCGUGUAUGAUUCAAGUAAAGCUGUUAGAGAGCUGGACUGGAAGCCGAAAUAUACCCUUGCCCAUGUUGUGCAGCGUUUGGCUGCUGGACAGGACUGGAAGAGCGAACUUACUGACAAGGUGGGAGUCAAGGGAUACCAUGCAACUAGCACUGGUGUGUAUACCAAGAGAUAG